AUGCUAAUUCUCCUUGUGCUCCUCGCAUAUUGCGAGGCACUUAUGCACAUCCGUGAUCCGUCCACGUGGGUACCGAUCACUCGAUCAAAAUCGGUUAGGUCAUCUCCAUACAAGUGGUCUGAAGAGUGGCUUGAUGGGGUACCUCUGGAUCACUUCGCUUUUGCUAAUAAGGAUCAAUUCAAAUUACGGUUUUUCAUAAAUACUGAUAAUUAUGAAGAAGGCGGCCCGAUAUUUUUCUAUACAGGAAAUGAAGGCAAGUUGGAAGGAUUCGCAGAGAAUACGGGUUUUAUGUGGGAUAUUGCUCCGGAAUUUCAUGCCGCCGUAGUCUUUGCUGAGCAUCGUUUCUAUGGAAGGACACAGCCGUACGGCGCUACCAGUUACAAUACUACCGACCACCUCGGAUAUCUCAGUUCAGAACAAGCCCUGGCUGAUUUCGUGCUCCUUAUUGAUUACCUCAAACAGAAGAGAAUACCCGGGGCCGAGAAUUCUCCUGUGAUCGCUUUUGGUGGUUCAUAUGGCGGUAUGUUGGCCGCAUGGAUUCGAACAAAAUAUCCACAUAAAGUCGCCGGAGCAAUCGCAGCGUCAGCUCCUGUAUUUUGGUUUGUCGACUCCCACGUACCAGAAGAUAUUUAUGCCAAGAUCGUCACUCGAUCAUUCCUUGGAGCUGGUUGCAAUCGUAAAGCUAUUGAGAGAGGAUGGCGAGCUCUGAAAAAUCUGGCAAAAACAGAGAAAGGACGCGCCUAUCUGAAUGAUUUGUUCCAUCUGGAGGAAAAAUCUCGUGUAGCUUCUGAUGACGACCACAAGUUCCUUGCUUCGUUCGUUCGUGAGGUAUUCGAAAGUAUGGCCAUGGUGAAUUAUCCGUACCCGAGCGAAUUUCUUGCUCCUUUACCGGGAUGGCCUGUUAAGGUAAGCAGCCAUCGUUGUGAAGGAGCAUUUGCUGCACUUGGUGAUCCGAUGGGAUGGCCAUGGCAGACAUGUACGGAGAUGGUGAUGCCAAUAUGUGCAAGCGGUUGGCCUAACGACUUCUUUUGGAAGGAUUGCCCAUACACCAUGGAAGGAGCAAUUGAGAACUGCGAAAAAUGGUUCGGAAAAGUCGGCUUCAAAUCUUCGAUGCUUCGGCCACACUGGCCUACCCAAAACUAUGGCACUGAGUUCCCAUCAGCUAGCAAUAUCGUUUUCUCGUAA